ACCCUUCCGGCCGGAGGGCGACGAUCGCCGGGAGCGCUGCGAGGUUCCGGGCGAAGUUGCGGCGGUUUCCCUUCCACGCCGGCGCCCGCAAAGAAAGACCCCGAAGUAGCCGGGAAGCGGCCCUUCCCUCCGGCCUCGGGGCCUGCCUCCGGGAGAGCGCCGAUGGAGGGGCCGAGGGUGCCCGCGCUUUUCCCGCGAGCCAUCCGGGAGUUAGAGCAGGAAGAUGGCGAGCCAUCGGGCUGGGCGAAGCCCGGGGUCCCUGGGCCCCCGGGCCUUGGAAAUUCGAGAGAGUCGCGAGCCCCCCCGGCCGCCCCGAGGACGGUGGAGAUCUGUGAAGUCAGUGUCGUGCGCCCCAGCCGCCGUUCUCCGGAGUCGGAGGGGCGCCCAGAGCCUCCGUCGGCCGCCUUGGCCCUGGCGGUCAAGGACAUGAAGCGCCUGAUGGGGGAGUUCGGCGUGGACCUGGCCACGGUCACUCAGGCUUUUCUGAAGAACAGCGGAGAAGUGGCAGCCGUAGCCAGCUGCUUGCGGACCGGGCGGCGUCCAGACGGGCAUCCUUUUUGGAACAGACAGGACGAUGAGGACUUGCUGAAAGGCCGAGAGGGAGCCAGGAAUAACUUAGAAACAAAGUAUGGAAUAGGGAAUGUAAAUAAACGUGUGUUGUUCAGGGCAAGUUCAUGCCAGGAGUGAAAAUCACCAAAGCUGCUGCAGUAGGGGCAGUUCUUUUUGUUUGUUUGUUUUUUCCAAUUUUUAUUUGCAUAGUAAGCUAUUUACUGUUAAUUAGGAUUGCAGCUGUUCUUGAAUGGUCAACAUGUAUCUGACAAAGUUUUACAGAACAGACAUAGAUAUUUUGUUACAGCCAUGUUUCUCAGUUAAUUGACAGAAAUAUUCUGAAUAUUAGGCAAGAAGCUAUAUUUUUUAAAAAAAAAGUACAGACCACAUUAUCUACAAUAAAGCAGGGCCCGAAUCCA